GGUUUUGAUGAGUACAUGAAUUUAGUUCUGGAUGAGGCCGAAGAAGUCAGCAUCAAGAAAAACACCAGAAAGUCAUUGGGAAGGAUUCUUCUUAAAGGAGACAACAUAACUCUGAUGAUGAACACGGGAAAAUGAUGGCCAAUCUAGCUAAUGCAUGAACUAAGGCUACAGUGUGUUUUCAUUGUGAUGGAGGUUGAGCUCUUUAGAUUUACUGCUUUUCUAAAAUAAAUUUACGUUGGAUGUCAUUUAUGAGUAGUGAUAUGUAUUGACAACCUUAAUUGCAAGUGGAUAUACUUUCACUGGUAGUACUUACACUGUAUCUUGUUUUGUCAUGCAGAAUUCUUUAUACUUUGUGUUUCUAUUUGAUCCCCGUUGUUAGGCUUUCUACAAAAAAAAUAAUUGUGUGGAUUUCUUGGUGGUUUGUGUAAUGCUUGUAAGUUUUUGUAGUUCAGUUCAA